GAUGAGGGGAGGGAACAACUGAGAGCAGAGAGGGAGCCGGUUUAGGAAGAGGCAGGGAACUAAGAGGAGGGAGCCAGCGCGACUCAGAGAUGAGGGGAGGGAAGCAGCUGCUGACAGACACACAGGGGAGGAAUCUGCCACCUGCUACUCUUUAUGUUGUAAAACUACAGUUCCCAGCAUGCAGCGUUGAAACGGAGGAGGAGGGUAUGCUAGAGCAAUGUAUAGUACAAGCUUGGGAUAAUGAUUACAAUAAUACAAGUGUCAUUGGGCCGUGCCCUGGGUCCAUCUGAUGUACAGCAGGUAUCGGUAUCGGGACACAGGGACCACUGUGAGUUCAUAGCUGGAGGGUCAGUUCCCCACACAGGCGGCAGCAGUAGCAAUGGCCAGUCGGUCUAACUCCCUCCCACCGACAGGAUCGCGCUUCCUCAUUCCCGGAUCCUCCCAUUUCCAGCAGCAGCAGCAGGAGGGACUGAUGUAGUCGGGGGAUCGCUGCUCGCUCUACCUGUCCUGCCUGGGCUUCUGUCUCGGGGAAAGCUCCGCAACAUGCCGGCUAAAAGCCGCUACAACCUGGUGGACGACGGCCACGACCUGCGGGUCCCGAUGCACAAUGAGGAGGCUUUCCAGCAUGGCAUCAGCUUCGAGGCCAAGUAUAUUGGAAGUUUGGAUGUCCAACGACCUAACAGCAGAGUUGAGAUUGUGGCAGCCAUGAGACGGAUCCGGUAUGAAUUUAAAGCAAAAAACAUCAAGAAGAAGAAAGUAAGCAUCCUGGUGUCAGUGGAUGGUGUGAAAGUCAUUCUAAGGAAGAAGAAGAGAAAAAAAAAUGACUUGGUCUGGGAUGAAAGCAAGAUGCUGGUUAUGCAAGAUCCUAUAUACAGAAUAUUCUAUGUGUCUCAUGACUCCCAGGAUCUGAAGAUAUUUAGUUAUAUUGCAAGGGACGGGGCCAAUAACAUCUUCCGCUGCAAUGUAUUUAAGUCCAAGAAAAAGAGCCAUGCAAUGCGUAUUGUGCGGACCGUGGGCCAAGCCUUUGAGGUUUGUCACAAGCUGAGCCUACAGCACACUGAGCAGAAUGGGGAUGGGAGAGAGGAUGAAGAUAGUGACAGAAGCACAGACUCUGAAGGGCAAGUGACACAAACUGUAGCCAGUGUGGUUCAGGCUGCUGAAGAGACAGAUAUUGAUGCACUGGAUAUUCCUUUGCCUGAGAGGGAGGAGCCAGUGAUCAACCGGGGAGUGACCGAUUUGGACGCUGUACAUAAGGAGAAUGACGGCACUAUUGAGAACAAGGAGCAGGUCAUACCAGCUUUCCCCAAGAUGCUACUUCCAUCUAACAGUGACAUGCCCCCUGGGACCCCCCUAUCUGUUCAUCACCAGAUACAGCUUCUACAACAGCAAUUACAACAGCAGCAGCAACAGACCCAGGUGGCAGUUGCUCAGGUCCAUUUACUGAAAGACCAGUUGUCUGCUGAGGCUGCUGCAAGACUGGAAUCUCAAGCCAGGGUCCAUCAGUUGCUCCUGCAGAACAAAGACCUGCUGCAGCAUAUCUCCCUGCUGGUCAGACAAGUGCAGGAACUGGAGUAUAAACUAUCAGGACACAAUGCCAUGGGAUCUCAGGACAGCCUCCUAGAGAUUACAUUCCGUUCAAGUAUUCUGCCAGUGCUUUGUGACCCUUCAACUCCAAAGCCAGAAGAUGUGCCCCCACUGACUGAUCCUGGUUCAUCUUUUCAAGUUUGCAGUCCGUUAGUUGAUCAAAGCAUGUUCAAGAACUCAAAUGCAACUCAAGUGCCAAAGCUACAGCAGAGUCAUUCUCUCACGCAACUGACCAGACUCGGCAGCACUAGCUCAGAACCUUCAGGGGUCAGUAUUCUCGCCGGUAGCACACAACACCUGAAGAACUUGGGUAAGGCAGUUGGAGCCAAGGUGAACGACUUCCUUCGAAGGAAAGAUGCAGAUAAAGGAGACAUUGGCGUAACUGAAGUCAACAAGACGGUGGCUGCAGAAUGGUCCAGCAGUGACAGAACGUGCAGUGAGAACCUUGAAGAGGGACAAGUGUCCAAGAAUCUAGAAAGUUUUCCUAGGCUUGAACCUCCUCCACCAACUGUGAAAAAGCGAAUUCCUCGUGCUCUGAAAACCACCCAAGAUAUGAUGAUCUCCCCCAACCCUAUAAUAAGCAGCCCAGAGAAGCCUGUAUCUGCCGCUACUGAAGUGCCUACAGAAACACUUACUGAAUCACGUGCAAAAGAGGAUAAACCACUACUGCCCAACCACCAGCAAGAAACAUUAAUCAAUGGAAAAGUAGAUGGCGAGAUUAUGCAACAGACAGAGAGUCUAAAGGGAAAUCAUUUGGAGGUUGUACCUGACCUCAUACACAAAGAAAAGUCAGAGAUAAGUCUAAAAGUCAUUUCCUCCAACCAUAUAGAAACCAUGAGCAUCAAGAGCAGUAUCAGCCAGGUUGAGCUGCUGGAAGGGGAAUAUAAUAAUGCAGAUUUGGGUUUAUGGCCAAGAAACUCUGCCUUAGACAUCGACAAUCCACACCCAGACCUCCUUUCCUUUGACUAGAGUUUAGGGUGGAUGUCUGUCCAAUCACUGGAACCACAAUUCACUAUUUUGCUGUACAGUACAUUAUUUAGUUACCUAUGUGUAUGCUCAUGAUGGGUAAAUCAUAUCACUGACUGUUCCCAUGAUGCCUUCUUUGCAGUUAACCUACAAUAACUGUAUUGUGCAAACACAUUGGUACAGAGAAUUCUGCAAUCAUCUCUUGCGUGCCUUUAUUAUUGAAGGCUCUACCAAAGCUUUUUUGUGUUAUAUCUCCCAUCAUCAGUACCUAGUGGGGGCUGUACUGGAAAACAACUGGAAGACCUUCAUUUUAAUAUCCAUGUUUUUGUUAAACAUUUCAGGGUUUUUGGGUAAAACUGUUUUUUUUUUUAAAAAAAAAACAACUUUUCUGACAUUUUGCAUUCUUUGUAAGCACUGACCUCUAAUAGAACUAAUUAGAACUUUUUCAUACUGAAUGUAUUUAGUAUGUUUUAUAUCAGUCUAGUGCUAUGAAAGUGCCAUAAAAAUGAGAGUGAAGGAAAUACAUCUCAAUUAGUAUACACUGUAAUAUGGAAAUCUGUCAUUUGUUUAAUUUUCUCUUGUGUAGAGAGUUUGUGCCAGUGUCUUAAUGUCCAUAGCGAUGCCAGUUUUAAGUAUUGUAAGCAUAUUGCUAAGCCUGAGUAGUGCUUGCAGGAGGUAUCUUUGAUGGGACAGAUAUUCCUGCUGUUUCAUAUUAAAGGUUUUUUAAUUCAAAAAGGGCCAAUAUUCAUAUAUUGACUAUUUCAACAUUGUGAAUUUUCUAAACAUAUUUAUCAUUUAUUUUCUAUGGGAAUGUCUUAAAUGUGAAUUUUAACUUGAUGGUUAUUAUAAAUCAUGAACAUUG